CACCUACCUGGAGCUGCCCACCCGCGCGAGGAUGCCCGUCCUGGGACUGGGGACCUGGCAGUCUCUCCGAGGAGCAGCGAGAGGUGCAGUGAAGUUUGCCAUCGAUGUUGGGUACCGCCACUUUGAUUGCGCCUACCUGUACCAGAACGAGAGUGAGAUUGGGGAUGCGCUACGAGAAAAAAUUGAGGAGGGGGUUGUGAAGCGAGAAGACCUCUUUAUUGUCAGUAAGCUGUGGUCCACCUUCCACGAGAGAUCCCUGGUGAAGGAGGCAUGCCAGAAAACACUUGCUGCCCUCCAACUGGAUUAUUUGGAUCUCUACCUGAUGCACUGGCCCAUGGGAUUCAAGGCAGGACAGGAGCUAUUUCCUGCAGAUGGAAAUUGCAUGAUCGUUCCCAGUGAUACAGAUUUUCUGGAUACGUGGGAGGCUAUGGAACAGCUGGUGGAUGCGGGAAUGGUGAAGGCCAUUGGGGUCUCCAACUUCAACCACAAACAGAUAGAUUGGCUCCUGAGCAAACCAGGCUUAAGACACAAACCUGCAAAUAAUCAAAUUGAGAGCCACCCCUACCUUCCUCAGGAAGAGCUGAUUAAGUUUUGCCAAUCCAAAGGGAUUUCCGUCACUGCGUAUUGUCCCCUUGGAGCGCCCAACUGGCCAUGGUCCAAGCCUGAGGAUAUUUCCCUUUUUGAUGACCUCCAAACUAAGGAAAUUGCACUUAAGUACAACAAAGCUCCAGCUCAGGUGCUUAUCCGGCUCCAGAUUCAAAGAAAUGUGAGCGUAAUUCCCAAAUCUGCCACUCCACACCAUAUUGAGGAAAAUUUUAAGGUGUUUGACUUUGAAUUGGCUAAAGAGGAGAUGGAAACCUUCCUCGCUUUCAAGAAGCAGUAUCGCAUCUGUGCAUUAAGAGAAUGCAAAAAUCACAAGGACUAUCCUUUUUUGGAAGACUAA